UGACAAUCCUCAGCUUGGCCAAAUCUGAAGAAAACAUUCCUAAAUGCAAUGUACUCUACCAGACGCUGUUGAACCGACUGCAUUAGAGGGAAAUUUCAUGAUAUAGACGUUGCUCUUCUUCAUUCGUUCCUGCAGAGCUUGGUGUGAAGACAGCUUUCCAGAUCCAAACCUUUCGCAACCGUCCUGAAGAACCAGUAGUCCUGAGGAGUUAAGCUGGAAAGAAGAGGCUCUGGGAAGUCAAAGUAAACAGAGAACUAGCCAGUUGGUGCUGAUGCCCCAGAGCUUAACAAUUCAUUUUGCCAAUAACUUCUAGUCAAAGACCACGUGGAACACUCUAGUGUCCAACAAAAUCAGGCUUAUUGUCUGUUGCAACGAGACAGACAGCACACUGUGGGGAAUUGAGGCAAAUCUCGGUGAGAAUACAUCAGUAGGGACUGAACAGGUGGGAAGGUUAAUAAUCCAGAUGCUGUGACUCUAUCUUUGGCCAGAAAGGAAAGUACCUUGCUGUUCUAAAAUCACAAAGUUACCUACCCAGUUCUCCCUUGGAGUGUGGCAUCUCGUGCAUGGCCUGUUUUAAUACGUAUCUUCUCAGAAAACCUCUUCAGUGUUGUCUUGAAAAAGCUACUGAAUUGUCUUCCACGAUGUUCCCAUUGCAAGGUGCCCAGAUGCUGCAGAUGCUGGAGAGAUCCUUGAGGAACAGCCUUCCUACAUCCUUAAAGGUUUAUGGGACUGUCUUCCACAUGAACCAGGGAAACCCGUUCAACCUAAAGGCCCUGGUGGACAAGUGGCCUGAUUUUAAUACGGUGGUUAUCCGCCCUCAGGAACAGGAGAUGAAAGAUGACCUUGAUCACUACACCAAUACUUACCAUAUCUACUCCAAGGACCUCAAGAACUGUCAGGAAUUCCUUGGCUUACCAGAAGUGAUCAACUGGAAACAGCAUUUGCAGAUCCAAAGUUCACAGAACAGCCUGAAUGAAGUAAUACAAAAUCUUGCAGCCACAAAAUCCUUCAAAGUCAAGGUAACACAAAACCUUCUCUAUAUGACAAGUGAGACAACAAAGGAACUGGCUCCUUCCCUGCUGGAUGUGAAGAACUUGUCACUGAGCGAUGGCAAGCCCAAGGCCAUUGACCAAAAGACAUUGAAACUCUCAUCCAUGGAUCCUAUCUAUGCUGCCUUGGUGAAUAAAUUCUGGUCUUUUGGUGGCAAUGAGAGGAGCCAGAGAUUCAUUGAGCGCUGUAUCCGGACCUUACCCAACUUCUGCCUGCUGGGGCCCGAGGGGACCCCUGUAUCUUGGUCCCUGAUGGACCAUACAGGAGAGCUGCGGAUGGCAGGCACCACGCCUGAGUACCGGGCCCAGGGCCUCAUUACCUACCUCAUCUAUACCCACACCCAGGCUCUGCUCAAAUUCGGCUUCCCUGUGUAUUCUCACGUAGACAGGAAGAACAAAAUUAUGCAGAAGAUGAGUCACAGUCUGAAUCACAUCCUCAUGCCCUGUGACUGGAACCAGUGGAACUGUGUGCCUCUGUGAAGCCACCUUGAACCCAAGACAGUGUGGGAUGGGCAUGAGGGCAUGGCUGAAGGAGCAGAUGGGUGGACAGAGGGAAAGAAUAAAUUGUAAUCGUAAUCAUCAGUAAAGGAGUGGCUGCUGUUUGGGCUCUGGGGAAGCCGUGUGACUGGUCAACAGGACCACUGCUACCCCUGCACUCAGACUGCCAGUGGGCUUCCCCCAGUAUCUCAGUAUAAGCAGCAGCAGCUCUCCUGCAGUGAUUUCACAUAGUUGAGUCCCCCACGCUUCUAGGAUCUCUGCCCUGCUUCUUCACCAGCUACAUGUGGCCCCAGGUGCCUCCUCCUAGAACACUUAGUGCACAGGGUGAUGGGGCCUUGAUGGUUUUUCCGGGGGAGGGGGUAUUAUUUUCUGGACAUUAUGACUUAUUUCUCUCUUUCUCUGGCCUUUCCCUUAGUGAAGAGCAGGUGGACUCCACUUGUUAGCUCUAUAGAGAUUAUCCUUUCCUCUGAUUGCUGCUUUAUAAGCAUAUUAAAUAUAUUAUAUACAAAAAUAUAUGAGAUAUUGUGCUAAACAAAAUACACAUGAUAUAGCAGGAAGAGUUAUUAAGAAAAAGACUAACCUAUGUUAGCCUGUCCUCUCUCUGCCUCCACUCCAGGGAAAAUGACUCAACAUUGUGUCUAAGAGCUGAGCUUCCUAAACUUACCCAAAACCCUCAAACAAUAAAGAGAUUUGUAUUUGAUUGCACAA